AUGGGCUGGUUGUGGAGCUCCUCGAGCAAUAACGAGCCAUCUACCACCCCCCAACCCGAGCAAUCAACUCAGCCAGAAGCGCCCUUUGAAGAAGCCCAAACCCUUGAACCAGCACCAACAUCAACAUCAACAGAGCCAGCAGCCCCAAGACCCAGAACUCGUGAUGAGAUAGCAAAUAGCGAGCUCGUCGCAUAUCUUAGGUCCCUCUCAAACCCUUCCAAAGACGAUUUCGCCGAUCUCGAAGACGACGAUGACGAUGACGAUGACGACGACGACUUUGACCUAGUUAGCCCCACAGAGCCCGACCUUCCCCCCUCCAAAUCCCUCAUCACCCCCCGUAACCUCUACCCUUCUACAAUCUCCUGCCACCAAGCCUUCGAAUUAGCAUUCCACUGCCAAUCCCCCGGCGGCCAAAUCCUCAACGUCUACCGCUACGGCACCUUCCGAUGGUGCGGCGACCACUGGAACAACUGGUGGUGGUGCAUUGGCACGAACAGGAACUUUGGCUUGACGAAAGAGGAGAGGGAGGAGAAAAUUAGGAGGAGGUAUUGGGAGCAGGACCAACGGACACGCAGGCGGCCUGCGGGGUGUAUGGAGGAUAUUCUUACGCAGAGAAAGUAUAGACUUACGACGGGGGUGUUUGUGGAUGGGAAGAGGCCGCCCUUCCGCCGAAGGAUGGAUGGAGACGUAGGGGCUCUGCAGUAG